AUGCUGACAACGCUUGAUCUCCUGACGGCGAACGACACGCCGGGAUGCCACGCGCCUUCCUACUACGCUGCGACAGCAAAUGCGAUGACGGCUCACCCGCGGCUUGAUGAAACGCUGAACUGCCAGGUCUGCAUCGUCGGAGGAGGCUAUACCGGCCUGUCCGCUGCCCUUCAUUUGGCCGAGAAAGGGCUGGAUGUUGUUCUUCUGGAAGCAAACAGGAUUGGUUGGGGGGCUUCAGGGCGCAACGGCGGGCAGGUUGGAUCGGGUCAGCGUGUGGAGCAGACCGAGCUGGAGCAACGUCACGGACAGGCGCAUGCAAAACUCCUGUGGGGUCUGGCGGAAGAGUCAAAAGCCCUCGUCAGGGGGCUGAUUUCGCGUCAUGGCAUCGCCUGUGAUUACUCCCCUGGCAUUCUUCAUGCUGACCACCGAAAGUCAUAUGUCGAGGAGAGCCGUGACUAUGUCGAGCAUCUGCGGCUCGUUUAUGGCUAUGAGGACAUCCGGUUCGUCGAUGGUGACGAGAUAGGGCAACAUGUCGGCAGUCCGCGUUAUUUCGGCGGAUCGCUCGACCUGGGCGCCGGACAUCUUCAUCCACUGAACUUUGCGCUGGGGAUCGGCGGUGCCGCCCAGGCCGCCGGAGCGAAGAUUUUCGAAGAAACGAGGGUCACCGGGAUUGAUGGCAAGGGUAGCGGGCGGAUUACGGUCAGGACGGCAACGGGCGACGUCAAGGCCGACCACCUUAUCCUGGCAUGCAACGGCUAUCUCGGCCGCCUCGAUCGCCAGACGGCUGCUCACGUCAUGCCGAUCAACAACUACAUCGUGGCGACAGAACCUUUUUCCGAAGAAGAAGCAAAGCAGCUCAUUGGAAACAAUGCCGCCGUUGCCGACAGCAAGUUUGUCAUCAACUAUUUCCGUCUUUCCGCGGACCGCCGCCUCCUGUUCGGCGGUGGUGAAAAUUACGGUUACAGGUUUCCGGACGAUAUCAAGUCCUUUGUCCGUGCUCCCAUGCUGGAGAUAUUCCCGCAACUGAAAGAUGUCGGCAUUGACUAUGGCUGGGGAGGCACGUUGGCGAUAACGCCGAAACGCAUGCCCUAUUUUGCAAGGCUGGCCCCCAACAUGCUGACUGCGACGGGCUAUUCAGGGCACGGUGUCGCCAUGGCGACCCUUGGCGGACAGAUCCUGGCAGAGGCAGUAUCGGGGACCGCCGGUCGGUUCGAUGUUUUCGACAAGCUGGAAAUUCCCGCAUUUCCGGGCGGGGAUCGCAGCUAUUGGGAGGCAAGCGUCGACCACGUGCGUCAGGACCGGCAGCUGAUCGGCAAUGCGCAUUUUGAUGUCGCUGUUAUCGGGGCCGGUUACGCCGGUCUCAGCGCGGCGUUGAAGCUUGCAAAGAGGUUUGGGCUUGAUGAGGCGCGGAAAUUCGCCGCCUAUCAGGAUCUUGCAAGCCUGAAGGAAGAGGCGGCAUUCCUCAAGGAUAACUUCGGCAUCAGGACCCGCGUUCUUGGAAAGAGUGAACUGGAUUCGGAAGGGUAUGGCGGUCCGGAAUUCCAUGGUGGCCUGCAUAUGCCAUAUGGCUUUGCCCUCAAUCCGCUGAAGUAUCUACUCGCACUCGGUGAUCAAGUGCGGCAGGCUGGUGGUCGGAUCUUUGGCAAGUCACCGGUCACUGGUGUGAAUCAGGAUGGUGAGUGCUGGCGCCUGGAAACGGAGCAUGGAUACGUCAGGGCCAAAAAGAUCGUGCUGGCAGGCAACGGUUAUGCCCGUGAGACCGUGCCGAAAUGGUUGCAUGGCCGCACGUUGCCGGUCAUGUCAUCCAUCCAGGUAACGCGUCCGCUGAGCGAAGGAGAGCUGUCCGAUCAGGGAUGGACCGCGGACACGAUGGCUGCAGAUACAAGAAGACUGCUGCAUUAUUUUCGCCUGCUGCCCGACAGACGGUUCCUGUUUGGAACCCGCGGAGGGAUCUUCGAAAAGGCGCCCGCGCUGACAGCCAUGCAAAAGCGCGCCCGCAACGACUUUGAGACCAUGUUUCCGGCAUGGGCGCAUGUCGAGACGGAAUUUGCCUGGCACGGCAAUGUCUGUCUCGCGCGCAACCUGACGCCAUUCGUCGGGGAAGUCCCGCGCAUGGACGGCAUCUACGCGGCCAUGGGCUGGCAUGGCAGCGGAAUAGCGAUGGCGUCCCUAUCCGGUGAGAAGAUCGCCGGUCUGGUAACCGGCUCUCUGAGACGGGACGAUCUGCCGUCUCCUCUGCAAAUUCCGUUUCGAAAGUUCCCCUUGCCGGCCUUCCGAAAACUGUAUCUGCAAGGCGCCUACUGGAUUUACGGGUGGCUUGACCGGUAA